AAAACGGGGAGCAGCAGAACGGCUCUCCUGAGAGUGGAUGAGGCUCAGGGUUCUUUGUGCAAAGGAAUUGGUGGGGAAAGAUUGGGUGGGAGGCAAAAUACCAGGUGGCUGGCCGUGGGGAGAUUUUUCCACCUUUGAUCUCACACUGUCCUGUUCAUCUGAGUGGAAUACAAAGUGAGGGUGCCAGAGAGCCGGCACUUUACCUCCGCCAUUCAGUCGACGGGGGAGAAGCACUGAGCGAGACCGACAGACUGUCACUGGCAAAAUGAACUGUCACCUCCCAUUUUUCAGAGGCACAGAGGGAUGAAUUGCGGCUUUGAACCGUGUGGCCCGUUGUUGAAUUGAGUUCCGCUGUCUUCGAACCCCAGCGAACAAGGACUUGUCACCAAUGCAAACUGCAGGAGGUACCCUCCCAGAGGAUGUCCAGAGGCUCUUUGAAGAUGUUGAAGAUUACCUGGUGGAGGGGCUGCAGGAUGAGAACCUGAAUGCUACAGAGAAGAGGCAGAGGGAUGCAAUCUUGAUUGAUAUAAAGCAACUUAAAGAGAGGUAUCAUUUGGGAUUCCUGCCUGGUGCCGAGAGCAACUUGCAGAAGGCCACUCAAGAGCAAGGAGGCAUUCUAAAACAAGGUUACUUGGAAAAGAGAUCCAGAGACCCUAAAAUAUUUGGCUCUGAGUGGCAGAAGCGAUGGUGUGUCCUUGACAAAAAGGCCUUCUACUACUUUGCAAACGAAAAAAGCAAGCAACCCAAAGGCAUGUUUGCCAUUGAGAACUACCAUGCCCAGAUGGCUUUCCACUUGCGCAAGGAUUCUCGAAGAGAUUGCUGCUUUGAACUGACCUCUCCUGGUAAACGUACCUAUGAGUUUACAGCUGUUAGCUCUGCAGAAGCCAUGGACUGGGUGGAUCAGAUCCAAUUUCUGCUUAAGGAUAUUACGUCCUCAGUUAUCCCCUGUGAGGAAGACGAGGAGGAGGAGGACAACGACAGUAUCAAAGAAGAGGCCUAUGAUGACAUAGACAGUUUUGAUUCCCCCAAUGUGACAUAUCAUAAGGAUACCUCUUUGGACCUGGAGGAAGAUGAGGAUGACAGACAGAGCGAUGACUGCAUUUAUGAAGUUCUUCCAGAUGAUGAACUUGGUUUGUCCACUUCAGAUGGCAGAGAAGGUGCUGGAAGCAUGGAGAAGACAGGACUCAGAAGAAAGUAUGUGAAUUACUAUCAAGGUCUGUGGGAUUGUGCUGGUGGCCAUCCAGAUGAGCUGUCAUUCCAGCGAGGAGAUUUGAUAUACAUCCUCAGCAAGGAGUACAACAUGUAUGGCUGGUGGGUCGGAGAGAUGAACAGCAUGGUGGGGAUUGUGCCAAAGGAAUAUCUUAUGCCCGCCUACGAUGUGGAAAGAUGAAUGGCAGAUAACCUGGGUCUCAUCUCUUCCUGUCCCUUGCAUUGUUGAUGCAACAGAAACACUUCCUAGAACCCCUAUUUGCUAUCCCUAAGAAAAAUAUGUGCACACGAGAUGUCCUCAACCCACAUGAAAUCUGCUGCACAAGCACAGUCUCCUCUCUUGUUGUUCCUUCAGCCUUUUCCAUUCUGAGAUAGUUCUUCACACUCCAGAGAUGUUUGCUGUGGUACUUUUUCCAGACUUGGCACAUGCUCUUGUUCUGCAGAAGGUGGCCAAACAUUCCACAUACAUGAUGGUGGGGGCAGUACUUGCUUUUGCAGAACACUCAAUGGGGAAAUGUGUUGACAAUAUUUCGGAAUAAAUACUUCUGUCAUUUGCUGAUUAGAA